UCUUAUAUCUUGCCGAAAUACGAUUUCUUUCUAGAUCUGGACCACAGGGCAAGACUUCUCUAACGCUUUCCAUAAUAGCCACUUGUAGAGAGGUUAUUACCGGGUACCUUCCAGCAAUUACUGCUAAGGAGUCUUAG